AUGGCGGCUCCUCUGGAGGUGAUAGUGAGCAGCGACUCCGCAGCGCAGAUGUGGAACAGCACCGUGUUCGACCUGCACAGCGGCUCGAGCCUGCUGUCGUACCGGGGCGGGAACAGCACGGCCCGGACCCUCACCGUGCUCCGCGGGGAGUACCUGCUGUCCGCGCAGCUGGGCAAGAACUUCAUCAACGUGUGGGAGAUCCAGCGGAAGGACCAGCUGCAGCAGAAGCUGAUGUGUCCAGGUGUAGUUACCUGUCUCUCUGCGUCUCCUAACGGACUCUUCCUCGCCGCCGGAGUCGCCGAGGCCGUUUACCUGUGGGAGGUGUCGACGGGGAAGCUGCUGUCCGUCCUCAGUCGUCACUAUCAGGACGUCACGUGUCUGAAGUUCACAGACGACGGCAGCCAUUUUGUUUCUGGAGGAAAAGAUAACCUGGCUCUGGUGUGGAGUCUGGCCAGUGUGAUCCAGCUGGAUUUAAGCCACACCCCCGAGCCGCGUCAUGUCCUGUCUCGUCACUCUCUACCAAUCACAGACCUGCACUGCGGCAUGAUGGGAGCUCAGGCCAGAGUCGCCACGGCCUCCUUAGACCAAACCGUCAAGGUUUGGGAGUUGUCUUCUGGUGAGUUGCUGCUGUCUGUCCUGUUUGACGUGGAGAUCAUGUCUGUGACGUUUGACCCCUGCGAGUACUUCCUGUUCUGUGGAGGAAGUGACGGAAACAUCUUCCAGGUGUCUCUGUGCAGUCAGAGCCUCAGUCGGGAUAAAUCCUUCCAGUCCGACAACGACGGGAACCAGAUCUUCAAGGGACACAGGAACUUGGUGACUUGUCUGUCGGUGUCGAUGGACGGGACGUUGCUUCUCUCUGGCUCUCACGAUGAGACAGUUCGACUCUGGGACGUCCAGAGCAAACAGAGCAUCCGCUGCCUGGCACACAAAGGUGCGGUGACUAACGCCAUCAUCAUGCCGGCUCCGGCGAACAUGUUCCUGCCCGACAGCCGGCCGGCCGUCCCACUGCCGCGCUUCAGCCGCCACCUGCACACCGCCGACGGCGCCGAGGCCGCGGACGUCUGCGUCCGCAUCGGACUCUAUGCACAGGAGGAAGAGGACACGUACCUGCAGAAAGCUGACAGGCUGAACUCUCUGAUGAACGCCGUGACGGACAAGUCGGUGUUUGGAGACGGCGAGAACACCAAGGUUAGGGUCGCCGAACUGGAAGAAGAAGUUCAGACUCUGAAGAAGGUCAACAAAGAUCUGUACGACUUCUCCAGUCAGCUGCUCACUAAACCUACAUAGACACACACACACACA